AGAGAAACCAAAUCACACGAAGAUGUCAUGGUCACGAGGAAGAGGAAGAGCACCACCAACACCAACACCACCAACAACACUAGUGGGGUUUGUUAUGCUUGCCUUAUUGAUGAUAAUAACAACAACAACAACAACCUCAACAUGUUGUGUUUAUGCUUAUGCUGCUAAUGAAGAUGUUUCCUUCUUGAUGAGUUUCAAGCAGUUACAUGUUUCCUCUGAUCCAAACAACUUCCUAACUGACUGGACCUCAAACUCGUCCUCUCCUUGCACCUGGCGCGCCGUAACUUGCUCCUCCUCCGGCGACGGCGACGGCCACGUCACCGCUCUCAACCUCACCGGAGCAUCCCUCACCGGAACCCUCCACCUUCCAACUCUCACAUCAAUACCCUCUUUGAAACACCUCUUAUUGCAUGGUAAUUCCUUCACAGCUUUCAACUUUUCUGUUUCACCCUCUUGCAUGCUUCGAACACUCGACCUUUCAGCUAACAACUUUUCCGGCAAGUUCCCCUUCUCGAACCUUCUUCCGUGUAACAGCCUCGGUUAUCUUAACUUGUCUCGGAAUCUCAUAACUGAAGCCGUUGGGUUCGGUUUCGCUUCUUCAUUGCUCCAACUUGAUUUGUCUCUGAACCGGUUUUCUGACCUUAAGUUUUUGUCCUAUGUUGUUGGUAACUGUCAGGGUUUGGUUCUGCUUAAUUUCUCUGAUAACCGACUCGCGGGUCAACUCGGUGGGAGUGAAACUCUGGUUCCUUGCACAAACCUAACUACCUUCGACCUGUCUCAUAAUUUGUUGUCUGGGAAGAUACCUAGUCUUUUGUUGGGUGAUGCUGUUCAGGUUUUGGAUCUGUCUGGCAACAAUUUUUCUGUUGGGUUUUCUGAGUUUGAUUUUGGGCACUGUAAGAGUCUUGUUUCUUUGAGUUUCUCUCACAAUGCGCUUUUGGGUGGGGAGUUUCCACCCAGCUUGAGGAACUGUGAGGUUAUGGAGAGAUUAGAUCUUUCUUACAAUGAACUGAAGAUGAAGAUUCCUGGGGCUCUUCUUGGUGGUCUCAAGAGUUUGAGGGAACUGUUUUUGGGGCAUAAUCAGUUUUAUGGAGAAAUACCUGGUGAGCUUGGAAUGGCUUGUGGGUCUCUUAUUGUGCUUGAUUUAUCUGAGAAUAAGCUUUAUGGUGAGUUGCCUUUCACCUUUGGGAAGUGUGGUUCUUUGCAAAGUCUCAACCUUGCUAAGAAUUAUCUCUCUGGGAACUUCCUUGACUCAGUUGUGAGCAGGAUUUCUAGUCUUAGAUCUCUCUUUGUGCCAUUCAAUAAUAUAACUGGACCUGUUCCUUUGUCUCUUGCCAAUUGUACACAGCUUCUGGUUCUUGACCUGAGUUCCAAUGCCUUCACCGGCAAUAUCCCUUCUGGGUUUUGUCCCUCAGGGUUGGAAAAGAUGCUCCUUGCUGACAAUUACCUUUCAGGGGUGGUGCCUGCAGAGCUUGGUGGGUGCACGAAGUUGAGGACAAUUGAUUUUAGCUUUAAUAAUUUGAAAGGCCCAAUACCCUCAGAGAUUUGGUCCUUGCCCAAUCUUUCUGACUUGAUUAUGUGGGCAAACAACCUCACUGGUGAGAUUCCAGAAGGGAUCUGCGUCAAUGGAGGGAACCUAGAGACCAUGAUUCUUAACAAUAAUCUCAUUUCAGGCUCCAUUCCUCAGUCAAUUGCCAAUUGCACCAAUAUGAUGUGGGUGUCACUGGCCAGCAACCACAUUACUGGGGAGAUACCUUCUGGUAUUGGGAAUCUAAACAAUCUAGCUAUCCUUCAAUUGGGUAACAAUUCACUAACUGGACAGAUCCCCCCAGAGAUUGGGAAGUGUAAGAGGCUCAUAUGGUUAGAUUUCACUAGCAACAACCUCUCUGGUACUAUCCCAUCUGAGCUUGCCGAUCAAGCUGGAUUGGUUAUUCCAGGAAGUGCUUCAGGGAAGCAGUUUGCAUUUGUGAGAAAUGAAGGUGGGACAAGUUGUAGGGGAGCUGGAGGGUUAGUUGAAUUCGAGGAUAUCAGGGCUGAGAGGCUUGAAGGUUUUCCUAUGGUCCAUUCAUGCCCUUUAACAAGAAUAUACUCUGGUUGGACUGUUUAUACCUUCCCUUCCAAUGGCAGCAUGAUUUACCUUGAUCUCUCCUACAAUUCAUUGUCAGGAAGUAUUCCUGGAAACUUUGGUGCAAUGGCCUAUUUACAGGUCUUAAAUCUGGGACACAAUAGGCUAACUGGAAACAUUCCAGACAGCUUUGGUGGUCUAAAAGCCAUAGGGGUGCUAGAUCUCUCCCAUAAUAACCUUCAAGGGUUCAUCCCUGGGUCAUUAGAAGGUCUAUCUUUUCUCAGUGACCUUGAUGUGUCUAAUAAUAACCUUACAGGCUCCAUUCCUUCUGGAGGUCAGUUAACCACUUUCCCUGCAUCUAGAUAUGAAAACAACUCUGACCUUUGUGGGGUCCCAUUAUCACCAUGUAGCUCCUUGAAGCACUCAGCAGGGUUACAUACUCGGAAAAAGAAGCAACCUGUUGCAGAAGAGAUUGUCAUUGGCCUUGUUUUCUUCAUCUUGUUUAUUCUUGGGCUUGUGUUAGCUUUAUAUCAAUUGAAGAAGCACCAAAUGAAGGAGGAGCUGAGAGAAAAAUACAUAGAAAGUCUUCCAACUUCAGGUAGCAGCAGUUGGAAACUUUCCAGCUUUCCUGAGCCUCUAAGCAUCAAUGUUGCAACCUUUGAGAAACCUCUGCGCAAGUUGACAUUUGCCCAUCUUCUCGAGGCUACUAACGGUUUCAGUGCUGAAAGCUUGAUAGGGUCUGGAGGGUUUGGUGAAGUCUACAAAGCUAAGCUAAAAGAUGGCUGUGUUGUUGCUAUCAAGAAGCUUAUUCAUGUCACAGGUCAGGGAGAUAGAGAGUUCAUGGCUGAAAUGGAAACCAUUGGGAAGAUUAAACAUCGAAACCUGGUUCAACUGCUUGGUUACUGCAAAAUUGGAGAGGAGAGGCUUCUUGUUUAUGAGUACAUGAAAUGGGGAAGUCUGGAGGCUGUUCUACAUGACAGAGCCAAAGGAGGAGGUUCGAAGCUUGACUGGGCCGCUAGAAAGAAGAUCGCCAUAGGUUCAGCAAGAGGUCUUGCAUUUCUUCACCAUAGUUGCAUACCUCACAUUAUACAUCGGGACAUGAAGUCCAGCAAUAUUCUUCUUGAUGAAAAUUUUGAGGCCAGAGUUUCAGAUUUUGGCAUGGCAAGGUUGGUUAAUGCCCUUGACACUCAUCUCACAGUCAGCACACUUGCGGGAACACCAGGUUAUGUACCCCCUGAAUACUACCAGAGUUUUAGAUGCACAACAAAAGGGGAUGUCUAUAGUUACGGUGUCAUACUGCUAGAGCUUCUGUCAGGGAAGAGGCCAAUUGACUCAUCCGAGUUUGGUGAUGACAACAAUCUUGUCGGAUGGUGUAAGAAGCUUCACAGAGAGAAAAGAGUUAAUGAAAUACUUGAUCCUGACUUGAUUAUGCAAAGAUCUAGUGAAAGUGAACUAUAUCAGUGUUUGAGAAUUGCUUUUGAAUGUCUGGAUGAGAGACCAUACCGACGGCCAACCAUGAUACAAGUGAUGGCAAUGUUUAAAGAGCUUCAGGGUGACACAGAUAGUGAUAUCCUUGAUGACUUCUCUUUGAAAGACAAUGUUAUCAACGAAGCAUGAGAAGAGGAUCUUUACUAUAAGACUUGAAUGCAGCCCUUUGACAAUGAUAAAAAGUAAAAUGUGAGGGGUUUUAGUUGACAAAUCUGGUGACAUUGAUCUUCCUAUCUGAAAUCGGAGAAGGGUUCUUUCACAUUUUGCUUGCUGUAUAUAAGUCACUUAAUGAGACCUUAGAGGUCUAAGGAAAUCAUGGACUGAAUGGAAAGGUUGAGUCUUGAGGUUAUACACAGAGUUUCAUGUGAUUUUUUCUGCUGAUCUA